AAGCACUACUAGCCCCGUACCGCGCCGCCUCGCUCGAUCCCUGGAUCAAUCCUCGAUUAGUCCGUCCUAGUUGCAGCGAGCCCUGGUCCGCUCUCUUGCCCGCUAGACUAGCCUCCCGCAGAUAAGGGGAACCUCGGGAUUCGGAUCAAGAUCGGGAUCGUGCGAAAGGAUAAGGGUCGCUGACAGACGGACAGGUGUACGAGGAGAGAUGGGUUGAGAUUAGGGAGACUGCUUUUAGAACGACCACCCCAUUCCUCCUUUCUACUGUAUUGUUUUCCGCUUUGCUGCAAAGGAUGCUGAUUGAGCCAACUGAAUCGGCAUUGCAUGGCAUUGCAGUGCCUAUUACAGGUCAUUUACCGUCUUAUGCAGGCCAUAUCGGGCUUUCUAGUUCGGAGAACGACUGUUCAGUCUUUCAUUACAGUAUCGGAUUCUCAGCUCGUUUGAUCCAUAAACGCGUCGCUUCAAUCGAGUCGGCAACUGAGCAGAUAUUUCCUAUCUUUCGGAAUUGAAUCGAAACCCGUAGCUCUCGAUUAGUAGCGUGGGAGCCAGCCAACGCAAUGCCGCCAGCUAAUUCGGCUUCCCGACGUCCUCCUGUCGACACCUCCAAGGCUCGCACCUCGCUCUCGAGCCCGCGACGCCCGCAGCUUUCGAUUAGGAGCGUGCAUGCCGCGAGCUCGAUGCGAGUUACAGCUAGAGUCGGCCAUUCGGACUCCCAGCCAGCCAAGGCCAGUUAUCGAGGCGCCUCAACAAUCCACCUGUACCGCUAACCAUUCGUUACCAGCAGUCGAGGCCACACCGACUACACCGUCAGAUCCGGGUGGCACUGUCAGCCUUCGGUCAGACUUGACGUCAGCCGGUCAAUUAGCCGGUCGUCAGGAAGCCGUCCCUGGCCGUACGGACUGUAAUUGGUCGAGGUUUCCUGAUUGGACGAAGGUUCCUCGUGCGGGUAGUAGUGGCAAUGGGCGGAGAUUCCGAUCCCGACUGCGAGAUUCCCGACUUCGAGCUUCCUUCCGAGUUACCUUCUGAGACCAACAAGGAAAGAGAUUCACGUGCGAUCGCCUGCAUGCAGCCACGUUGCAUUCCCUCCGCUCGCAUUCGCUCGCUUCACGCACCUGGGCUCCGGAUUCUGUGGCCGGGAGUACGGGAACGAGAAGCAUGCGUGCUUCACCCUUGCAUCGCUGUUUUUUCGGCAGCACGUGCGAAGGUUCCUCGGGCUCGUCGGGCCGUGUCGACCAUCGGCGCUUGCGCUGAUCGCUGGUUGCUCUUCAUCGGAACCACGAAUCGGCGGCACGGACACACCGCCGACGCGCUGCAGGCGAGUUCGAUCUAUCAAUGGGAGCACGGUGAUUGAUCGCUCCUCAACCCAAGGCAACAAGACUGGCCGUCAGUUCCCUCUUGCCUCUUCGUUCAGGUGGUUGGACUAGCUCAAUCGACAACUGCCUCUUGCCGUUCGUCCAUUGUCGACGGUCGACUGUCCGAGGUUCAGUCAUUUGACGGAUUCAGUCUCGGGGCUCCGGUAACCCCCAUUUCACGAGAGCCGUCAAGCCAGCAGCCGUCCAUCUCGGGCAAUCGUCAAGAAGCCGUGAGGCGCGUCUGUGCUGCACGUGAUGCUCCACCUGCCUCGGCACUGAUCAACAGCCUACAGCCUUUUAGGUGCUUGUCUCGGCCUCGGAACUAACAUCUGCUCCUCGGAACUUGCUUCCCUGGGUUCCCUCUGGUGGUAGUCCCCCCGUCAGCACUCAAGUCUCCCUCCCCGCCUUAGCUCGUCGUCCCUCGGCCCUUCCACACGCCCACCUCGUUGCCUCUCCUGGGACUCUCCGUUCUCCAGGCACGACUGGGCGUGAAGUGAAUUGUGGUGUAACGCCUCGUCUCCUCGGAGCGAGCGUAUCUGGCGGCUGGGAGGAGUGUAUUUGGUGGCAGGAAGCAGUGUAUCUGUGUGCCGGCCUCUCAUGGAGGCAGAGGAGGUCGGGAGGCACAGUGUCGCUGCUGGUGGUGGUGAUGAUGGUGAUGCUACUGGUGGUGCCUCUGCUGGUGCCUCUGCUGGUGCCUCUGCUGGUGCCUCUGCCGGUGCCUCUCUGAAUGGUUUCCCCAUGAAUGCUACCCCCCUGCUGACUCAGCCUGCUGUGGGGCCGGUGACUGGGUUUCCUGAGCCGACUCAGUCUGGCUUGGAGGCGUGGCAAGGGUUGCCGGUGGUGGGCAGAGAGAUGGAGAAUUCAAACAUGCAUGGGAGAGAGAGCAGCUGCAGCUGUGACGAGCCUGCGGAGGAGCAGCAGAGGGAAGGAGGAGCAGGAGCGGAGGGAGGAGGAGGGGCAGGAGGGGUAGAGAACGGUGGUGGUGUGUAUGGCCUGGGCGGAGCAGACACAGUGGGAGGAUCAGAUGGAGGAGGGGAAGAAGAUUCAACGAGAACAGGCCUGGGAGGUGGGGGAGGAGGAGGGGAGUUGGGUAGAGCUGGCGGGGAUGGGGACGCGCUGAGGGUGCUGGCUCAGCCGCCGCUGCACAUGCUGCAGUCCGUGCGGCCCGAGCCCUUCAACGGCUACAGUGAACAGGGUCACGAGGGGCAAGCUGGGGUCAUGGCUUCUGCAAGCCACGGCUUGCUGCUGGCGCAUCCAACGGCUGAGAAGCCCCAGGAGCUGGAGUGGGACGAUCUGAUCGGUCGGAUCGAGGCGGAGAUUGAGAAGCCCCAGGCGAGCUCGUGCGUGGAUGGGGAGUCUUCUUCAAUCGCCAGACAGGACAGCCAGAUAGUGUCAAGCAGUGAGGGUGCAAUCACUCCAAGCGAUUCCGGGGCUCUCAAGCGUGACCCCGGCAAGGGCAAGGCGCGGCGGGUGGUGCAGAGGAAGCGGCCAGCCAACAGCACGUCCAAGUUCCGAGGCGUGACGCACCACUGCCGCACAGGGCGGUGGGAGGCCCACAUAUGGGAGGAGGGGCGGCAGGUGUAUCUGGGGGGAUUUGAUUCGGAGAAACAGGCAGCUCUGAUGUACGACAUAGCUGCACUCAAGAUGAGGGGAGAGGACGCGCAGACCAACCUCCCACCUGAGGAGUACACCAAGUACACCAAGGAAAUAGAGGCUGUUCCCAAGGAGGAGCUCAACCUCCUGCUGCGGCGCCACAGGCACUUCACAAAACCCUUUCUUAUCCUUGUGCCUCCUGCCCAUCCCCCUCUUCCUCAUGCCGUGCCCACCGGAGAGGCCGUUCCCAAGGAGGAGCUCAUUCUCCUGCUGCGGCGCCACAGCAAGGGCUUUGCUCGGGGGACCUCCAAGUACCGAGGGGUCACCAAGCACCAGAAGGGUCGGUGGGAGGCUAGGAUAGGGCAUGUGGAGGGCAAGCGGUAUGAUUACCUGGGGCUGUUCGACACUCAGGAGCAGGCUGCCAUGGCGUACGACAGGGCUGCUGUGAGGCAGAGGGGUCAGCAGGCAGUAACCAACUUCGAUCUGGCCAUGUACGCAGACGACAUCCGGGAAUUCAACCUCAUGGCGCAGCGCUUGCAGCAGCACAAGGCAGCCCACGCUUUCCAAGCCCGCUCCAGCGUUCUCCAGCACGCAGCCAGCGGCUUGGAUCAGAAAAGUGGCCCAUUGGAGCACAGGAGAGUGCAGUCUGAACCCAGCAUUCGCUCUGGCAUGCUGCUGCUGCAGCAGCAGGACGAGCAGCAGUGGCAGCAGCAGCAUCAGGAGCAGCAGCAGGAACGGCAACAGCAGCAGCUGCUGUUGCUGCAGCGCCAGCAGCUUCAGAUGCAGCAGCAACAGCAACAGUGGAUGCAGCAGCAGGAGCAACAGAUACUACAGCAGCAGCAGCGGCAGCAGCAGCAGCAGCAUGGGAAGCUACAGAGACGUGGGAGUAUUCAGUUUGAGCAGCAGGAGCAGCAGCAGCAGCAACAGCAACAGCAGCAGCAGCAGCAGCAGCAGGAGCAGCAACAGCAGCAGCAGCAGCAGGAGCAGCAACAGCAGGAGCAACAGCAGCAGCAGCAGCAGCUUCCACCACCAGCGCUGCAGGAGCAAUCCCAGCAGAAGCUGCUGAGCAACCAGGAAAACUUGCAGAACAAUGGGCAGAACAACCAGCAGAGCGGGCAGACCAACGGGCAGAACAACGGGCAGAACGGGCAGACGAAUUAUGGGUGGCAGGGUGGAGAGCUGAUGCUGCCGCAGCAGCAGCAGGACGGGUGGGGUGAGGGACGGAAGAAGCCAAGACAGGCCGCCCAAGAUUCUCCAGCGAUUCUUACAGGAGCCACUCUCCCCCCGUCCGCCCCCCACCUCCCUCCCCUGGGUUCAUGCGCCUCUCUGGACGAGUCCUUUCUCAGGCAGAUCCCCCAGGUUCCUCACUUUCAACACCUCGCCUGGUCAGGUGACUGGUCAGGUGAUUUCAACAGCAGGAGCAGUGCCCUCCUGUCUGGUAGCGCUCCUCUGCCCAUGCCUGUCCCUUUGCCGUCCCACCGAUCUCUCCUGUCGGGUAAUGUGCUGCUGUCUGGCGGUAGCGGUGUGGCUGGCUCCAGUCUCGCGCAUAACAGCAAUGGUAAUAUCACGCCUGGAAAUAUUGGCUCUGGCAACACUAGCAAUCGCAAUGUUGCUUAUGGCAACAGCAGCAGCCAUGGGGCCAAUGGUGGUUAUGCUGCUUCCACUGCCAAUUGCUCCUCGUGGAUGACUGGCCUCGCUCUGCCUCCGGAACCAGCCAAUCCAUACCUGCCACGUCACCUGAGCAUGCAGCGACAGCUGAGCAUGCAGCAGCAGCAUCUCCAACAGCAGCAGCAGCGGAUGCUCACAGGUUCUAGCACAGGCCUCAGCUCGCACAGCUCUUUUUCCCAGCACCUGCAGCUUCAGGGGGCAGCGCUGGCAGGAGGAUUGGGAGGAGGAGGGGAGAUGGUAGGAGGAAUGGGAGGAGGGGGGACGGCAGGAGGAAUGGGAGGCGGGGGGUUGGGAGGGAUGGCAGCAGUUGACCUUUCAGGUUUCACUGGUUGCGGGUUGAUAGCACCUGCUGGUGGUGCUGGUGGGAUGGCAACAUGCGGUGGGAUGUCAGGCGGUGGGAUGUUAGCUGUUGGUGGAGAGGGGCUGGCAAGUGUUGGUCGGGCGGACCUUUCGCGUCCCUCUCAGGUGCUCGUGACGUCAGCAUCUGCACCGGCCGCACCACCAACAGCUGAGAGAACUGCACCGACUCUUGCUGCUGCCGUUUCUGCUCCUGCUCCCGCUCCUUCCUCAACUCCUGUCUCUGCCCCCGCUCCUGCCUCUGCUCCCGCUCCUGCUGCUGCCCCCGCUCCUGCCUCUGCCCCCGCUCCUGCCUCUGCCCCCGCUCCUGCCUCUGCCCCCGCUCCUGCCUCUAUCCCCGCUCCUGCCUCUGCUCCCGCUCCUGCUGCUGCUUCUGAUCCUGCUUCCGCUGAACCAUCCCUUGCUGUAGCAUCUGCAUCUGUACCAGCUGCGACUGUUGCGGUGGUGCAUGGGGAGGGCCAGGACUGGUGGGUGGGGCAUGACAGCCACAACGGCGUAUCAGCAGCUUCCCCUCUAGGGUCAUCCCCGUUAGUAGCAUCCCCGUUACAAGCAUUCCCGCUAGGAUCCCCAACUACUGCAAUAGUGCAGGCAGGUUUAGAGGAGCCGCACUGCGAAUUGAAUCCUGAUGGACGAACCAACAACGCCAUGCCCAUACGUCGUGAGAAGGAGGCUGAUGGGAAGGAGACUGAUGGGACAAGUGGGAAUGGCCAGGGCAAGACCGGGUGUGACACGGGGGUGUGUGACAAGGGGAAGUCUGCUGGGGGGGGAUGGGCUACAGGGGGGGGGUAUGCUGGCUCGUCAGGCUAUGGCAAAGGGCAGCAGCGGAUCGAUUCGUUAAGUUCAGCCGAAGCGAGGCACAUCUAUGGGGCUAUCACCCCUCUGUGUGCCACCCCUCUGAUUCCGCAUCACAACUCCGACCUCACUUCCCACAUGCAUGGUGGCCAUUCUCUACCCCCAGAACUAGCCUGUGCCCGUUCACAGUCAUCUCUUCCCCAGUCCUCCCUCCACCAGUCCGCCCUCCCCCUGUACAGUCACCCAAACGCCCUGCUCCAGGGCCAAUCUCUCUGCAAUAAGCAGUCGGCAUCCGCCGCCCAUCACGCCCUGCUGGACCUCUUCGAUCUGAACACCAACUUAUCGCGGCGAGACCACGACUUAUCAAGUCGUGACCAUUACUUAUUGCAGCCGGAGCAGCAUGAGUCAGUGACGGAAAAUGGCCAUGGCUUAUCACGGCCAGGGCAGGGAAGCGUAGAGGAGUGCCAUGACACCGGUGCUCCUCCUGUUUCCCCGCCUCUCGUUCCUCCCUGCCCUCCUCAUCCUCCCUCCCGCCUUGAGCGGUCCAGUGAAGUAAGCCUGGAGCUGCUGCUGCAGGAGAAGGAAUGAGAGCCUGUGCUGCUGCUGCUGCUGCUGCUGCUGCCGCUGAUGCUGCUGCUGCUCUAUGGGGAUGCUGCUUCUUCUCUUCCUCAACCAACUAGCCUCUGCUGUGCUGCUUCUCAUAUGCGUGUGUUUGAUUAUUCUAGGGGUGUGAAUUAUUGUGGGUGCAUAGGUGCGCAUGUGUUUUGUACCAUAUGUGUGCGUCUGUUUUUGUGUGUUCCGACACAAAAGAACAUCUAUACUGAACCGUUCUCCUUGUAAGCCCUGGAUAAGUUUCACG